AUGGCUUCGAAAGGAGAGACCGAGAGUUUGAGCGAGGAGGCAAUUUGUCCCAUCUGCCUGGAUUUCUUCACCGAUCCGGUAUCACUGGAGUGUGGACACAACUUCUGUCGCUCUUGUAUCACACAGUAUUGGGAAAGGGAGGAGAGAAACUUCUGCCCGGUAUGUAGAGAGGUGAUUGCUGACCGCACCCUCAGGGCCAGUCGGGCCUUAGCAAAUCUGGCUGAAAAAUUUCGAAAUCUAAACCUGAAUCCGAAACGGAAGGAAUGUAAACUUCAUUGCGAGGAACAUGAGGAAGAACUGAAGCUGUUUUGUGAAACGGACAAGACACUGAUCUGUCUGGUCUGUAGAGACGCGCAGGAACACAGAGAGCACCGCUUCAAGCCGAUUAAAGAAGCUGUUAAAAUCUACAAGGAUCAGCUAAAAUCUUCCUUAGACUCUCUCACAAAAAAAAAAUCAGACUUCCAGGAAAAGGAGCAGCAACAGAAAGAGAAGAUUUCCGGAGUUUGGAAACAGUCACACAGCGUUCAGUCCCACAUCACAUUCCAGUUUGCUGAACUGCGCCAGGAGGAAGCUCGUCGGAACAGAAGAAUCAGUGACGAUGUCCAGGAAUUGUCAGUGACAGAUGAGGCCCUACCGGUUGAAAAAUUUGAUCACCUCUAUUUGUUGAAAACAGUGCUGAGAGAAACACUUGAUGCUAUUAACCGAGUCUCUGUCACACUGGAUGUGGAAACGGCGCAUCCGCGGCUCGAGGUGUCUGAGGAUCGGAAGAGUGUGAGACGGACCGGGACCCGAAGGGAUCUCCCUGACACCGGGAAGAGAUUCACAAUCUGGCUUUGUGUGCUGGGGUCGGAGGGAUUCACAUCAGGGAGACAUUACUGGGAGGUGGAGGUGACGGGGAUUCGGUUCUGGUGUCUGGGAGUCGCCACAGAGUCUGUGAAGAGGGAGGAACGGGUCAGACUGAGUCCGGAGACCGGAUUCUGGGUCAUCGGGCGGGUUGGUGACGUGUUACAUCGGGAUUGUGACGUGUCCCGCGUUCUCCCCUCCCCCAAGUCCCGUCUCGCUGCCGGUCCCAUCCCCGGGAGGGUGGGAGUUUAUCUCAAUUACGAGUCCGGGACAGUUUCAGUUUACAACGCGGAGACCAAGUCCCAUCUUCACACCUUCUCUGGGAAUAAAUUCACUGAGAAACUUUAUCCUUUCUUUCGGACUGUGGAUGAAAACCUGUGGCUGAGAAUUAGCUCCGGUUCCACUCCGGGUCUGUAAACGUGUCGGGUCCCGGGACAGGCGUCAGGAGUAAAGUCCCUGUAAAUAUAAAUGU